AUGCGCCACGCUUCAAUCUCACCCGACACAAAACCGACUUCCACUUCGGUCCGAGAGAUCGUCCUGGCGGGAAUGAUCGUCAGGGCAGCUUUCCUCUCACUGGGUUCAUGA